GGCGCAGCGCGCGCCCCCUCCCCGGCCCCCGCGCGGUGGGAACCGGCAGCCCCGUCUAGCGCUGACGUCAGACCGUCUGCCAGCCUCCGACCGCGGUCUCGGAGCGAAACCCGAUCUCCUUGGACUUGAAUGAGGAGGAGGCGCCCGACUGGGGGAAGCCAGCAGCAGAGGCUCAGCCCCGGCGGCAGCGCGCGCCCCGGCUGCCGGCCCAUUUCCCGGACGCCACCCACUGGCACUGCCGACACCCCCGGGGCUGCGGAGCGGCGGCCGGGGGGCGCAGGGGAGCGCGGCCCCGCGCACUGAGUCCAGCGGCGCCCCGGAAACUUGGCGGCGUCCCGAGCCCGGCGAGCCGGGGCGCGCCUUCCCCGCCGCGCGCCUCCUGCAUGCGGGGCCCGAGCACCGGGCGCCGGCCGGAGCCCCCCCCGGCCGCCCCCGUGCCCGCCGCGCCGCCACGCCGUCCAUGCACCGCUUGAUGGGGAUCAACAGCACCGCCACCGCCGCCGCCGGGCAGCCCAAUGUCUCCUGCACGUGCAACUGCAAACGCUCUUUGUUCCAGAGCAUGGAGAUCACGGAGCUGGAGUUUGUGGAGAUCACCAUCAUCGUGCUGGUGGUGAUGGUGAUGGUGGUGGUGAUCACCUGCUUGCUGAGCCACUACAAGCUGUCUGCACGCUCCUUCAUCAGCCGGCACAGCCAGGCCAGGAGGAGAGACGACGCCCUCUCCUCAGAAGGAUGUCUCUGGCCCCCGGAGAGCAGCGUGUCAGGCAGUGGAAUCCCAGAGCCACAGGUCUAUGCCCCACCGAGGCCCACCAACCGCCUGUCCGUGCCCCCCUUCACCCAGCGGGACCGGUUCCACCGCUUCCAGCCCACCUACCCCUACCUGCAGCAUGAGAUCGACCUGCCACCCACCAUCUCGCUGUCGGACGGGGAGGAGCCCCCACCCUACCAGGGCCCCUGCACUCUCCAGCUGCGGGACCCCGAGCAGCAGCUGGAGCUGAACCGGGAGUCGGUGCGUGCGCCCCCUAACCGAACCAUCUUUGACAGCGACCUGAUGGACAGCGCCACGCUGGGCGGUCCCUGUCCCCCCAGCAGUAACUCGGGCAUCAGCGCCACGUGCUACGGGGGCGGCGGUCGCAUGGAGGGGCCGCCCCCCACCUACAGCGAGGUCAUCGGUCACUACCCCGGGUCUUCCUCCUUCCAACACCAGCAGAGCAGCGGGCCGUCCUCCUUGCUGGAGGGGUCCCGUCUCCCCCACGCACACAUCUCACCCCUGGAGAGCACAGCUGCCUGGAGCCAAGAGAAGGAGAAACAGAAAGGACACCCUCUCUAGGGAUCCUGGGAGGCGGGGCCGGGGCAGCGGUGGGUCAAGAGGAGAACUACUCCACACUUCUUAGAAGAGACAGGAGGACGGGGUGACACCCAGGAAGUGGCGCGUAUCACCAACCUCUCCCCACCUCUCUGUGUAUAAAUAUUUACAUGUUCUGUCUGGUCUGAAUGCACAAGCUAAGAAAGCUUGCAAAA